AUGGCACCAUAUUCCUUGUUCCGAAGCGCGAGUCGACCGGACAUCUACAUUUGCGCUGGAUGCGCAUUGAAGAUUUCUGGCAGAACAGCCAGACGAUGUAUCGGUACGAAAUAUCUAGCAAAGGUGGCGGAUGCAGAAAUGAGAUGGCAAGAACAAGCGCUGGAGAUCAAGCAGGGCAAGAGGAAGAGCAUGCUCACCAUCCUCGAGGAGCGAGGUCUUGUCCAUGCAGUUACUGGCACCCGUGAUGAGGUCGAUCGAAUGAUGACGGAACGGCGAGUGGGUGCUUACGUUGGAAUCGAUCCCACUGCCUCCUCUCUACACGUUGGACACCUUCUGCCGCUGAUGUCCCUUUUCUGGAUGUACGUUCACGGAUAUCAUACUAUAACACUCGUUGGGGGAGCUACGUCGAAAAUUGGCGAUCCAACAGAUCGUUUGACCUCAAGAGAGAGCAUACAUCGAAAAGUUCGAACGCAAUACAUGAUCAAUAUACAUUAUCAGCUGAAGAAGUUAUGGGUCAACUUGGAAGCAUACGCUUUGAAAUAUGGAUAUAGAUGGGAGUGGGCCUGGAAAAGGGGCCUAGUUAAUAACAAUGCCUGGAUGAAUAAGUUACCGCUGAUGGAGGUGCUUCAAAUCCUUGGUCCAGGAGUUCGAAUAGGACCAAUGCUGGCCAAGGAAACUGUCAAGAACAAAAUGCAAAAAGGUGACGGGAUGUCUUUUGCCGAGUUCACCUAUCCGCUGUUACAAGCCUGGGAUUGGUGGCACAUGUACAAUACGUUGGGCAUUCGAAUGCAGAUCGGCGGAUCUGAUCAGUACGGAAACAUCACCGCUGGUAUGGAUGCUGUGAAGUACAUAGCUGAGCACCAUCCCUCUCCAGCGGUUCCGAAGAAAACGAGCGACCCUCCAUUUGGCUUUACCGUCCCACUCUUGACAACGUCAUCUGGUGCGAAAUUCGGGAAAAGUGCAGGGAAUGCAAUCUGGCUGGAUAGCGAACUGACUAGUACCUUUGAUCUCUAUGGCUAUUUCCUGCGAACAUCCGAUGCAGACGUAGGACGUUACCUCAAGCUCUUUACGUUCAUUCCCCUCGAGGAAAUUGACAAGCUAGUUCAAGAGCACAUGCAAUCACCAUCUGAGCGAAAAGCGCAGCACAGAUUAGCUCGCGAUUUUGUGGAGCUUGUUCAUGGAAGGGAAGCAGCAAUAAAUGCCGAGAAACAACAUCAACUUGUCUUCCAGAGCCGUUCAACUUCUCCAGAAAAAGAUGAAGAGGGUGAAAAGGAUGAAGGGGAUAAGGCGUCGGAUCUGUCUGGUGCUAGCGCUCUCAAGUUGGAACAAGUCAAUGUCAAUAAUCGACCAAAAGCCCAGAUGAAGCUCCCACGCAGCCUCAUUGAAACCAAGUCGAUCGGAAAGAUUCUUUUCGCAGCUGGCCUUGCAGAGUCGGCAUCCGACGGUCAUCGUCUGGCUGCCAAGCAAGCUGUCUACAUUGGCGGUGCUCCCACCAAGCACAAAAUGCCCAUGGAUGAUGGUGCCUUAUCUUUCGCUCGCAUCAAGCUCUGGAAGCCCGAAGAAACGAAGACGUACUUGAUCGAUGACAACUUAUUGAUUCUGAGGAGGGGCAAGCAUAAUAUUAGGGUCAUCGAGGUGGUUGAUGAUGAGGAAUACGAGAAGUCCGGAUUGGAAUACCCGGGAAAGAAUCACGAUGACCAUGUAAAGAAGAUCCAUGAGAAAGAAGCAGCGAAGACGCAAGGCCAAGAACAAUUGGAGAAGGCUGAAGAAGAGGAUCAAGAAUUUGAGGAGAUGGAUUCGGAAAUGGACGAGACCGACCUAGAGGAAUCAGCGUGGUCGAACAGGCAGCAUACAGCGACAGAAUGGCUGGAUCUGGAAGAACGAAUGGAGAAGAAAGAACAGUAUAAGGAGCGUAGGAGAAGACUGAAGGAGAAAGGCCUUGGUAGUGAAGAAUUCGAGGAGGACCCAUACGAAGGUGUUGAUCCCGAGACGAGGGUGCAAAUGCUGCAGGAGAAUCUAAAGAAGGAAUUGAAAGAAAGAGAGCAGAAAUUGGCGGAGAAGAAUGCGCCGAAGCCGAAGUUCACCGGCCAUUACAAGAUCCCCAAGGCUCAUCGGAUCUACAAGGACAAAACGAGUUCAGGGAGGUCAUAG